GCAGCGAACGAACGAACGAAGAGAGAAGAGAUGUUGAAAACGAAUAAUGGAAGUCAAUGUGAACAAGGGUUUCAAACAAUAGUGCUGAACAUUGCGAGGAACUGGUUCCGUUUUCGCAAAAUAUCUAUUGAAUAUUUACAAAAAAGGUGUACAAUUUUUGCCAUUUAUCGUCUUAAUAGUUAUGGUUUAAUGGAUGGUGCGGUGGAAAUUUGUGUACAAAAAUGUGCCUCAAAUCAAUGACAAACAAGAAAUAUUUUGAGAAAAAUGUUGAACAAAAAUACACUGAACUUAUAUGACAGAUGCCAUCUUGUUGAAUUUUUUUUUCCGUAAUAUAUUUAAUUUAUUUCAUACGAUUUCCCACUGCUGAUCAUUUGAAGGAAGAGAAGACGAAAAAAUAAAAUUAAUAAAAAGCAAUACACACAGGCGAAAGAGAGAAAGAGAGAGAGAGAGAGAGAGAGAGAGAGAGAGAGAGAGAGAGAGAGAUAGAGAGAUACCGAACGAAGAAAACAGAAACAAAAUAACAACAAAAAUGAAAUUGCUUGUAGUGUAUUGCAUCGAAAGUUGCUUCUAAGGUGUAGACGGUGUCUGUGGCUGCAAAAAAUACGAGGAAAAAAACACAGAAGAAGAAUCUGUAUUGUGCAAGCACUAAUCACAUACACACAAACACAGUUCUGCUUCUUUUUCUUGUUUAUGUGCUGCUGAAUUGAAGACGAAGGCGAUAGAAACAACGUAGCGCAACAGGAACAAAAAAAGCCGUGACUUUUUUCUUAGUGUUUUUUUUUUCAUUUUGGUCAAAGAGAAAAACCAAACUCACACGAAAUGGAUUCACAAAUACAGUGUCCCGUUUGUACACUCUAUCUGCAUGUUGGAAUGAAUUUACAAGAGCACCUGAACACCCAUCCAAAGGAUCAGGUGAUUUCGGCCCUAGUAAAUAUGACACUGUUACAGCAACGUGCCAACGAUGAAAAUUCCAAUAAUUUCGAAUGUAGUCGAUACGAACCGUUGGCAACCAGUGAUGAUCUCAAUGCGUCGUCUACGGACAAAACGCUUCCAAAAGCAUUUCAAAAUCAACAGCAAUCCAUUACAUAUUUUGCACCCAUCUCACAGCAAACAUCACAAUUGAUGAUUGUGAAUGGUACACAGGUGUUUCAUGAUCAGCGCCAUCGGCGAGCCAUUCAGAGUUGUUCGACGCCAAUUUCACAUCGGACCGGCAGCGGCACCACCGUGCCGCCACUCUCGAUUCCUGCACGAACAUUUCGACUGAUUCCAGCUAAACAAGCAAUACCACCACCGCCACCAUAUCAUGCAUCCGUUCGGAAUGCAAUACAUCGCAAUGAAAUUAAUCAAAUCACCACACAAAUUCAGCAAAGCUGUUCAACAAAUGUGUUCAAUGUGUCGGCAUCGUCGAGUAGUAGCACAUUAACAACCAAUAUAAAUGCAAUCAAUGCAUCGAGCAGUGCGGUGUAUGUGAAUCGAAAUUCGGUAAAACGUAUGGAGAAUGAUGAUACCAUCGCUGCUGCUAUCACCGCCACAGAGCCCAGCGAAUCAGAUGCAAUGAAUACAGACGUGGAAGAGGCUACGGCCAAUGAUUAUCAUUUAUAUCCCGACGAAGCCGAAUCCGUUGCAAGAGAUAACAAUGAUGAGAACGAUGAUCAUGAUGAUGAUGAUGAUGCCAUUGAAUUGAUCAAUCACAAUGGAACACCAAGUGGGCAAACUGAUAAAAUUACUGAACAACCGAAACAACGACCAAUGCAGCAUAAAGACACUAAUGAGCCGGCACCAGAACAGGCCAACAAAGAGAGGCGAAAUUUCAAAGAGGAAACCAUUGAAACGAUCGUUGCCGAUGUAGAAAAUACUGGCGAAAAGAAAACUAGAGGUCUCAAAGUGUUGAGUAACGUUCAGGUCUCACCAAAUGCUAUACUUAAUGUUUCACUGAAUUCGACGAAUAGCGACACAAUUCCAUUGAAUAAUAUGAUCAUUGUCAGUUCAAUACCAUCCACAUCGACAGCAACUACCUCACAGGUAAUACCAACACAAUUGGUGAGAACAAAAUCGUUGCUAAAAAGCUUACAAGAAUCACGUUCACUACCAUCGGAUGCGAAAAAUCCAAAAUAUACCAAAGUUACUGUUGAUAUUGCCCCAACAAGUUUAGAAAAACAAAAACACACCGACAUUGAUAUUGAUCUCCAACUGGUUGAUCCACUUGCAUUGGACGAACGAAACACCAGUGACGAGUGUUUUGUAAAACCGUGUUCGAGCAAAGCGACUAGCGUAAUCCGUUUAGCAUCUCAAAAAUCCCCAAAACCGUCAUCAUCAUCGUCAUCAUCCACAUCAAUAUCAUCUGCGCCAUCAUCAUCAUCAUCACCAUCAGUGUCAACAACGGAAAGUAUACGACCAUCAACAAAUCGGCAAUCGGUGAAAAAAUUGGUUGUGAAACUGAAGAAGCCAUUUAUUCCAGUUAUCGAAGAAGAAGCUAAUUUGCAUCCGCCUGAUGAACAUUUCGAUAAUCGUACGGGGCACAAUACGUUCGAAGGCAUGAAUAAAAAUGAAAAUGAAGUAUUGCUUGAAUGUUCUGAAGAUGUACCAUUUAGUCCAUUGCGUCAAUCGUACACGCCACUUCCAGUGAAUCAAUUGAAUGGCAACGAUGACGAUUGUGAUGGUGAUGAUGAUUUGAUAACGCCCGAUUGCAUUCCAUCGGCCCGAAAUUAUGAUUCGGAAAAUGAACUCCAUAUUAUCGAUAUCAAAUUGAAUAAUCAUCAAUUGCUUGAUGCACACGAUGACGAUCAACCAUCCGAUGAAAAUGAAAAUGUUAAUAUGUCGAUUGGCAAAGAAGAUGUAGUUCUUUUCACUAUUAACACGACCAACGAUGAAGAGCAUAUGGAUGUAACGGAGGAGACUGAUACCACAGCGGUGAAAAUGUAUUUAGAAAAAUCAUCGGCCACAACAACCAGUUCCGAAUGUACAUCGUACGCAUCAUCAUCGUCAGUGUCAAAUCUGGAGCCAAGCUCAUCGCAAAAUGAAUUCCAUAGCAUUGCUGGCACAAGCCGAAUGGAAUACGGUCUGACUACAUUCCUUGAUUACAACGAACAACGUUUGCGUGUACGAUUGUCACCCAUACCAUUUAUAGCCGACAACAAUACAUGGAAUCAAACGUUCAGUUCAUCGUAUGCGUCAGCAUGUGAGGAAAAUUACAAGCAUUCCUCGUGCAUGGAUAUGGAUGGUUGUAAAACCAAUUCCGUUAAUGCACGCGCACCAUCAACCGAUAGUCUGAAUAUUCGAACCGAUGAAAAGAUGCCGGCAAAGGGUGAAAUAUCCGAACAGGAGAGUAAUGGUGACGUCGAAGGUUUAUGGAGCCAUCAGGUAUAUUCAACGGAGAACGAUAACAUGCCAAGAUACACCAAUUCGUAUGACACAACCGUAGCACGUGAAAGUUGGAGUUUAAGUAAUGAACAAAAUCUAACGCAUGAAAUGGAAAAUAUGUCAACAAUUUUAAUGAAAUUCAGUUCGUUGGAACAAUCGGAUCGUAAUAUGGAUAUAAAGCCAUUUGUUGGCAAUAGCAUUUGCACGGAAAAGGAUAUGCUGAAAGCAAAAUCAUUAUCAAAAGCGCGAAAAUAUCGUUGUCCGAUUUGUGCGCAAGUGUUUACAUCGUUGAAGGAGAAACGGGCGCAUUUGAUUCAAAUUCAUGAGUAUCAGCAGGGUGUGUCGGUGACAAAAACGGUCGCAAAAGCAAUGAAAUUUACAAAAAUCAAAAAACCCACCGAAACAAUAACCAGUGCCAGUUGUUCGACGCUGGACACAACGACAGAAACAUCAUCAACAUCGCCUGUGAUCGAGUGCAAGAAAGAGCGUUCGGAUAUAAUGCGACCGUUCACCAGUCUCAAUAACUAUCUGUUAAGUUACAAUUGGUCGACAUUAAAAUCACGGCCAACGGAUCCCGGUACAAAGGACGAAAAUAAAAAGCUAUUUGAAAUCCUUGACAGUGGCAUCAACUAUGUGUGCAAGGUGUGUGAAGAGCAAUUCAACAGUAUUCGAGCAUAUGAUAUGCAUAUGACAACCCAUCCAGCUGAAUGUUAUACAUGCGGCCGGACAUUUAAGCGUUGGGUUAAUUUCAGUAUUCAUUUAAAACGACAUUUGAAUAUCCGUGAACAUCGUUGCAUCCAUUGUCCGAAACGGUUUGUGUUGCGUCAAAGUAUGAUUGAACACAUGCGAAUCCAUAGCAAUGAGGCACCGUUAAAAUGUAGCCUAUGCAUGAAACGCUUUAAGCGUUUCUCCAAUUUGAUACAGCAUCGAAAUCGGCAUCAUUUGAAAUUGCGGCCACAGGCAAAGGAUUUCAUUUGUUCAUGCGGCGAAGUGUUUCAUUCACAGGCAAAAAUUGCAUGGCAUCGUGAAACCCAUGAUGUCAAACCAAAAUGUUGUCCGUAUUGUCGUGAAAGGUUCAUGCAUAAAAAUAGCCUGGUACGACACAUUCGACUGUCGCACACCGAACGUUUCCAUUUAUUCAAACGGGAUUCGGUCGAAUGUCCGUACUGUAAAAAGAAAUAUAUAAAAUCUAGUCUCAAGAUGCAUAUGGAACAGCAUAAAACAUCACGAACCACAUACGAAUGCACGAUUUGUAAUAAGACACUGACAACGAAAUGGAAUUUAAAGCAACACAAAUGGAUCCAUGCCAGCCGAUCGUCAAAACCAUUCAAAUGCAGCAUGUGCACGAAGGCAUUUAUACGCGAAAGUGAAUACAUUUCACACAUGAACACGCACAAAGCAAUUAAACCGUAUACAUGCGAUCAUUGCGGUUGUCAAUUUGCACGCAAAUACAAUUGGUUACGGCACACGCGCGAACAUGAAACCCUCAAGAAAUUCCGUUGUGAUACAUGCGGAAAGGAUUUCCAUCGUGCAUACUAUUUGAAGGAACACAUUCGUAUUCACAGCGGUGAACGUCCUUUCGAAUGUGUCAUUUGCGGCAAAACGUCGACAACAAAAACCAAUCACAAUAAACAUGUGAAAAUUCAUCAUGCUCGGGAUCCACUCACCGCUGAAGCAUAAACAACAACAACAACAACACACAAACAAACAAUUUACACAUAAUAAUCUCAAACCCGAACACAACACAUUUAAACUAUCGCAUAAAUCGCAUUUUCGACAUGGUUUUUUCGCUCACCAUUUACAAAAUUAUAUAGACAUACGGAAACAUCAACAACAACAAAAAAAAAACUCUAUUUGUAUUGUGUUUGUUUAUUUCAACUACGAAACGUUUUUUUUUUUAAUUUUCUUCGCCAAAAUUUAAUAUUGAAAAAAAAGAUAGAUAAACAAUAAUAACGGUGCAAUUUCAACGUUCUGCGUAUUUGAUGUAAAAACAAAAUAUAAGACAAACAAACACAUUAAUUAUUAUUGAGGUGAUUACAUCCAUGAUUUAAUGGACAUUUUAAUGCAACAAUACAAUUAUUAUGCAAUUGAAAUGUAAAAGGAAAAUAUUCCGAUUCUUUUUUCUUCUCAGCUAAAUGAAUGUUUUUGAAUUUUUAUGUUAAAAUCGAUUUAAAAUAUUUCAUAUGUUGGUUAAUCCUUGAUACAAUUGGCUGUUGUAGACGGCAUAAAUACCCGGGCAACGCCAGCAGCAAUCACAGAACAAAAUCGGCGAUUUUUCUCCAAAUGUUAAGUUUCUGCGCUAAAUUUUUUCAACUCAAAACAUUUUUCCACAUGAUGUUUGCCACAUUUUCCAAAAAUACACAUCAUUUUCUGUUCUGAAUGUGUGCAAACGAUUUUGCCCCCCGUUGUUAUUGACAUAAUAUGUUGUAAAUUGAGAUGCUCAAUUGUUCAACCGCAAAAUGCAUACACGAAUGAGAAAAAAAAAAUUUGCAAAUUAAUAGCCUCAAAAGUGGGCUAUAUUUGCGUUUGUACUGUGUAAAUUUGUUGGUUUUCUGAGCCACCACCAUCGCCGCCACCCGGCGGUAAUUUCAAUAUUCAAUUUUAAUUAAAAUAAUUGAUUGAAAUGAUUAUUAUUCACGUCAUUUGAUAUGAAAGCGGCGGCAAACUGAAGUUCAAUUAGUUUAGGAAACUAAAUCUAUUUAAACCAAAAAUGCGCUAUUCAUUUUAUGAUGCUCAGUAUGCACACAUCGCAGGAAGGAAGAGAAAAGCGGUUAUGUACUGAGCGUUCUCAUUUUUUUUUUUUUUAGUUGGGGUUCAGCUGGAGCUUUUCCACUUGUUCCACUCAGUUUGGACCUCAAGUAAAGCGUCUGUUUGGCUGAUUGUCACAGCCACUAAUCGAUGUUUCUUUCAAAUUCAAUUUUUAUACCCAUUUUUUUUGGCAAGUGUUUUUGUGUUCAAUCAAAAUUGAACUUUUUUUUUCGAAAAAAAAAUUAAACUGAUUUACUUUGAACUUAAAUUUAAAUCGAAACUGUUUCCUACAAAUAAAAUUCAAUAUCGAUCGGAUAAGUAGAGAAAAAAAAAGAACAUACCGAUGCAUCUAAACAACAAUUUAAGUACGAUUUCUUAGACAAACAAGAAGAAAAACAGAAGAAAAAAAAAAUCCAAUACAUCGCAUAUUUAUUAUAUUUAUAUCAUAAAAUGCUACUAUCCUGAUCGUUUUAUAGACAUUUAAGGCUAGACUUUUAAUGUGCAAUAGGCUAUUUUACUUUUAGAAUAAAUUAAAGAAGGAAGGAAGGAAGAAGACGAAGAAAAUCAACUGAUAAACCGAACGAUGUUAAUAAAGACCAUUGAGACAAA